AACAGUUACUUUCUCUUUGCUCUUACACUUGACUUUGUUAGAUGUCUGAGGCAGCACAUUGACUUUUUCUGACAGAACUAUCAGCAAGAUGGAUGUUCACCAUUAUUUUUUUAUUUAUCACUUUCUGGUGUUUGCCUUUUUGAGUGUGGCAGUUUGCUCUGAUGUGUCCAUUGUUGGAGGCAAAGAGGUAAAGAAACAUCAAUCAUGGAUGGUGUCCAUUCAGAAGGAACAGUUCCAUGUCUGUGGGGGAAUCCUGAUUCAAAACCAAUGGGUUUUGACUUCUGCACAAUGCAUAGAAAAGCCAAUAGAAUCUGUGACAGUUCUCAUAGGAACUCUGUCUCUGAAAAACAAUAAAGGCUCUCAGCGUGUUGGCAUCCUCAGUUAUGAGUACCCUAAGACAUUCAAUGAGAAAACUAAAAAAGAUGACAUCAUGCUCAUUAAGCUAAACAAAAAAGUUAAAGCAAAACCAAAGAAAAUCCCCAAAAAGGAACAAGAUGUCCCUCCUGGAACAAACUGUGUUGUGAAAGGUUGGGGGACUACCGAUCCAAAUGUCAUGGAACCGUCUGACAAACUGCAAAUGUUAGAUGUGACAAUCAUAGACAGGAACCUGUGCAACAAUUACUACAACAGUGAUCCUGUGAUCACAAAAGAUAUGCUGUGUGCAGGAAAGAAGCUGGAAAAGAGAGGCACUUGUUGGGGAGAUUCCGGUGGACCACUGGAAUGUAAGAAAAACAUUGUUGGAGUGGUCUCAGGGUCAAGAGGAUGUGGUAAUCCCAAGAAACCAACUGUGUACACUUUUCUAUCUAAGAGACACAUCAUCUGGAUUAAUAGUGUACUCAAAAAGCAAUUGAAUAGCACAAACUUUUAGGAACGUAGAAAUAGCAAUUCAUCAAUUGCCAGCAUGGUAACAUGAGCUGUGUUUAAAAAUUGUUUAUAGUUCAAAGCGUGCUUUAUAUCUUAAGAAUUUCAUGUUGUAGGGCAUAAAUAGCCUAUAUUCACAAAGCAGUAUCAGAAUUUCUUC